GGCUACGUACAUUAAUCCGUUAUUUGGUACGUCACGCAAUUUCACAUGGUACGGUCGAAAUAAACACGGCUACAGGCUGUUGGAGUGGCGUCGUUCUUACUUCAACAGACAUUACACUGCACAUAAUCCUUGUUGAGCGAUGGAAGACGAACUAAAGAAAGAGUUGGGUACAGCCACGCUAAAAUCAGUUGGCCACUCAGGAGGCGGAUGCAUCAGUCAGGGCCAGAGUUACCACACGGACACUGGCAAAGUGUUUGUGAAGAUAAACCACAAGAGCCAGGCCAAAUCAAUGUUUGAUGGGGAAAUGGCCAGUUUGGACGCCAUAACAAAAACAGGAACAAUUAAAGUGCCCAAACCUGUGAAGGUGAUCGAGUUGGACAGUGGAGGCUGUGUGUUUGUGAUGGAGCAUUUGGAUAUGCGUGGUCUAAACAAAUAUUCAAAGCAGCUGGGAGAGCAGCUGGCUGAUCUUCAUCUUCACAACAAGAGACAGCUUGAGAAAAUGGGCAAAGAGCAGCAGACAGUUGGGAAAGGAGCCGGGCAGUCGGAGGCGACUUACAUGGACAAAUAUGGCUUCUCUACCGUUACAUGUUGUGGCUAUAUACCGCAGGAAAACGCAUGGCAGGAUGACUGGGUGACCUUUUACACACGACAGAGACUUGAAUAUCAGCUAAACAUGCUGGAGAAGUCAAAUGGGGACAGAGAGGUGCGAGAGCUUUGGGCAGCCCUCCAGCUGAAGAUGCCUCAGUUCUUCCGAGAUGUGCAAGUGUUCCCGGCUCUCCUCCAUGGGGACUUGUGGGGAGGCAAUGCGGCAGAAACCAGUGAGGGCCCGGUGAUCUUCGACCCCUCUUCUUUCUAUGGCCAUUCCGAAUACGAGUUGGGAAUUGCCGGUAUGUUCGGAGGCUUCACCAGAUCCUUUUACUCAGCCUACCACGAGAAAAUUCCCAAGGCACCCGGCUUUGCCCAGAGAAACCAACUGUACCAACUUUUUAACUACCUGAAUCACUGGAACCACUUUGGCGGUGGCUACAGAGGCUCAUCAAUAAGCGUCAUGAAGGACUUGCUCAAGUAACAAAAUCUUAAAGAAGUCUUAAAAUUUGUAUAGGUAACAUGUUACUAAAUGUUUAGGUUAAAAUGUCAUGAAAUCAAACCAAUCAAGAACGACUGUCUUCAUUUUAAGAAGAUUGUGUUCAAGAUUUUAUAUUUACAAAAUUAAUCAUGCUUAGUUUAUUUCAAGUAAGGCAGUUAGUUUGAGAGGAAGCCAUUAUUUGCACAAAUGCUUCCAUGUGAAGUGGCUACUGUCUAUUUCCUUAACUGCAGAUAACAACUGGCAUUCAGUUGAAGCAAGGCAUGCAUUGUUUUUCAUAUGCUUGAGUAUGGAAUAGCUACCAUCUAUUUACUAAACUCAAAAGAGUACCAAUGUUUAUUUGAAGUAAGGCAUUUAUUUCAGAAGAGCCCCUUAAUUGUACAAAUGCAUGUGGACAAGUUUAUUUACUGAACUGCAGAGUAUCAGGCAUUUCUUUGAAGAGGAGAUCCCCUUUUCUUUUUUUCAUCUUGAAAAUUAAAUGAAAUUAAAGAAAUAAUUUUAA